AUGAGCUCCACUGACACUUAUCCUGGACUUUUGCACUCCAUCUCCCCACCUCUUGUCGCCUUUGAACAUCGCCACAAUCCUCAAUCUCAGGCUUCUAAUACCCUUAUUUUCUUAGGCGGCCUCGCCGAUGGACUCCUCACAGUUCCAUACGUUCCCCACAUUCAAUUCGCCCUCCCUUCCUCGUGGGCUCUUGUUGAAACCACUCUUUCCUCUUCCUAUAGACAAUUUGGAAUUGCGUCACUGGGUGAAGAUGUAGCCGAAAUAGCGCGGCUUGUUGAAUACUUUCACACAUUGCAUCCAAAAGGUAAAAUUGUUCUGCUUGGUCACUCCACAGGAAGCCAGCAAAUUAUGCACUACUCCAUUGCCCCUGGUUCUCGUCCAACGAUCGAUGGUGCCCUCUUUCAAGCCAGUGCCAGUGACCGCGAGGCGUUGGCGUCUUGGCUCUCGGCAGAUGAAUACCAGUCUGCUUGCGCAGUCGCCCAAUCUUAUAUUUCCGAAGGCAGAGGAGAAGAUGUCUUGCCCUUCGAGGUGACCGCGUCCUGCUUUCAGACCGCACCCUUGUCGGCAAGUAGAUGGAUCAGUCUUGCAAGUCCAGGAGACCAUGAGGGAGAAGAUGAUUAUUUCAGCAGCGAUUUUGACGACGAGAGAUUAAGUAAAAUAUUCGGAGAAUUAGGAAAGACGGGCAAAAGAAUUGGUUUUUUGUACAGCGGAAGUGAUCAGUAUGUGCCUAGUACAGUCGACAAGUCGAAGCUCGUGGAGAAUUGGCACGAGCACGUUAGGCGUGGAGGAGGUAUCAUCGACGAAGGAAGUGGAAUCGUGCGAGGCGCAAGCCAUACGCUUAAAGAAGGUGGAGAGCCGCUUGAAAAUCUAGUCGGAAGGGUUAUUGGUUUUCUAGAGAGGCUGGAAAAAGAGGACAAGUCGUAG